AUGGCGAAGAAUAAACAACAGAAAUCACGCACAACAAAUCAGUCUGCCAAAAUUGUGGAAAACAAGGAAACUGACAAAUCGGAAGUACCUGUGAAGACUGACUCUUUAGAUGAUGAAGAUCAAGGGUUUGGAGGAUGGCUUAGGUCUGAGGAUGGCAUGGAUACUAUGAAGCUAUUUGUAUUAGCGAACAGCAUAGUGAUGGUUACAACUAUUGCUUACCCACACAUUCAAACAAUAUUCUCUGUCAUAUCAGAAAUUAUAUACGGUGAGGACGAGUAUUACCGAGUCGAAUUGUAAUAAGCAUCCUAGAGAGUCACUUUUUAAAUAUUGUUUAAUAGAAUUUGAAUUUAUUAAGAGGACUUA